AGUACCUUUAGAAUGACUAGCAAGCCAGAGGAGUACGUUAUGGAGAUUGAACAAAAUGCAGCUGAAACGUUUCCCAGAAAUCCAUACUGUUUGAGUGAAGGAACACAAUGUGGGUGUAGACUGCACAAUGUGAUAAUUCAGCCGCAGAUGGCUUCAGGAAAACCAUGGUCACUCUGGAAAACAUGUCUAGUGUGUCUAUUGGCCUGCUUGAUAGCCUCAGCCAUUGUAGCUUUGGUCAGCCAUUUUGGCCAGUAUGGCAAGCCCAUCGGCAAUACCACCAUCAUCAUUCAUGCAGAUGGAAGAUCCAACCAGGGUGCUGGAAUCCCUACUUAUACCCCACCUACCUCAUCUACCUCACCUGGACCUCAGAGCACCACACCUUCUACCCCCACAACCAGCCCAAGUACAUCUACUAGCGUACCCACAACUUCCAUGGAGACGACUACCACCAUCUCGACCACCACCCCAAUACACCAUGUUGAUAUUGAGUAUGAGGAUGAAGAGUAGCUUGGAGCCCUCAGUCCUCUUCAAGCCAGAGCUAAACCUCUACUCUAAAGGAGGCAUUCCCUGCAUUCUCUCUCCUUGCUUUGUAAGGACCUGUUUCUCUUGCUCAGUGCUUUGCUGGCUUCUCAUAUGGUGAUGACUUAGUCUUGGGCCCACUGAUGUUCAAAUGACUGGGAAAGAAAAUGACUA